AUGGAACAACAGCAGUCCGUCGCCUUGAAAGAGACCUAUACACGCCCCGCUGGAGUAGAACCAUCCAACUCGCAUCUAUUUCGAUCCAGUCAUGCAAAACCGCCUGAAAUUCCGGUCCGAGUCGGUGCAGGGAGUGUUAAAGCACCUGAAAUACCUCCGAAAAAUCUUACGAAACGACCAACCACUAUCGGUGCUUCGAACAAGGAUGAGAACAUCCCAAGCGCUAGCAUGCUAUUAUCACAACGUGUUGCACCAAACCGUGCGCCUCCAUUGCCACAAAAGUCGUCCAGUAUUGCACAGGGUAGCUCUAAUAGCACAAUUCUUCCGCCCGCACCACAUCCCAUUGCUCCUGGCGUGGGAAUUGCAGCUUCCCCGGCGACUGUAACGACCGCAGCAGCAUCGUCAUCGUCAUCCGCCUCAGUGAGUGGUGCCGUGGCUAACAGGACGAAUGAUGCAUUAGGCAAAGAGCGCUCAUCCGCAACUAAAACGACGACAAAACCUACGAAGCUGGAAGAUUAUGGAUCCGAGGAUGCUCUACGUGGGAUUGAGAGUGGUUUGCGAAAUGUGGAACGUGCCAUUAAAGAGCAGAUGAGCCUACGAUCUUCGGUGGAAGCUGAAGAGCAGCAGAGCAUCGCACAUCCGGUGAAAUUCGGGCGACUAGAGCUAAUGGGUAAACAUUCUAAUUCAAUGGGAUCGGCCACAUCGCUGGACAAUCCUUUCGAUGGACCGGGUACGACUUCAGGUAUGCUGCAAGGGUUUAAGUUCGAUCGGUUCGAUCAAAACCCAAAGCAAAUGGGAUUGGAACGUGGAGUAAGCAUGGAGAAGUUGCGCUUCGACGCUGGAGGGUCCGGAUCGUUUCAUGACCAUACCACGAAUGGUAUGGAACACGGCAUACCGCAAAGACCGAUGGAGCAUCAGUUCCGCUCACUGGAUCGACACCUUCCGCUUGAAUUACAAUACGGAAGCAGCCAACAACGGCAAAGAUCGCAGGAGAUGGAGUUUAUCAAACAGCAGCUUCUUCCCGUUAUCGCUCGUAGUAAGGAAACGAACAGCUUGAACCGUCAGAUGGGAUUGUCCAAGGACGAUCUUCGCACAAGGCGGCGUUCGUCGCAUGAUGAGAGUCUGUUUUCAAUUAACAAUUCAGCUCCACGCAUGAAAGACCAAUGGGAGGAUACAAACCAAUCGGUAAUGCAACGCAAAACCCAACUCACCGCAAUGCUCGGGGACUCUCAAAGAUACGAAGCAAAAAGGCUAGAAAUAGACGCUUGGUUAAGCAGAAUGGAGACAAUAACGGAACGGAUGGGACCAGUAGCAACGACGGCCGACGUAUUAGACAUUCAGCAGAAAGAGCAAAAGUCCUUCCAUGCGGAGCUGCAUAAAUUUAAUCAUCAAAUUGAAUUAUUCAACCAACUGACCCAGAAACUAAUAUCGGUAUACCAGUGUGACGAUACAUCGAGAAUUAAGCGAAUGACCGAAUCAAUCAACCUGAGGUACAAUAAUUUAAAUAACUCCAUUAUUUCGAGAGGAAAACAACUUCAUGCCGCCAUACAUUCAUUGCAAACAUUUGAUCGUACAUUUGAACAGUUCCUCGGUUGGCUGAGUGAGGCAGAAUCGCUAUGUGAAAACACGGAAUCGGAAGCGGACAGGAAUCCACACUGCUUAAAGGAUUUGCAAUCAGAAAUCGACGCAAACCGGAAGGUAUACGAAGGACUGGACAAUACUGGACGUAAGCUGCUGCGUUCACUAACAUCACAAGAGGAUGCUGUAAUGUUGCAGCACAAGUUGGACGAAAUGAAUCAGCGUUGGAACCAUCUGAACUCGCGCAGUGCCGCCAUUAGGAACCGUUUGGAAUCAAACUCCGAUCAUUGGAAUGCUCUACUGCUUUCGUCUCGCGAACUUACGGAGUGGGUAAUUCGAAAAAAUACCGAACUCACCUCGAUUGGAUUCGGCUCGAUCAAUGGCGAUUCCAACAGCUUGCAAAUGCAGUUGGAUGAGCAUAAAGCAUUUCGCCGCCAGCUCGACGAUAAGAGGUCUAUAAUCGAGAACAACCUAAUGAAUGGAAGACAAUACAUAUCAAAUGAAUCGCCACUCUCCGAUACAAGUGAUUCCGAAGCAAUUGAUGAAACUAUGUACAUUUCUACCGAAGAACAAAAUCGCAUUCUGAGCCGCAGCAUACGCCGGGAGGUGAACAAACUGUCGGAACAAUGGACACUGUUGAUUGAAAGGUGCGACAAAUGGAAGCAUCGACUGGAUGAAAAUAUUACUAAAAUGCGACAAUUUCAAAAAAUUCUCGAAGAUUUAAGCUCCCGAGUAGCGUCAGCUGAAACAAUCACCCACUCGUGGACAAUUCCCGCCCCUGGGUCGGACACUACCGAAGAGAUGCAGCAUUUACAACGCUUAAAAGACAAACUUACCACGGCUAAUGCACUGCUGGAUGACUGUAACGAGCAGCAAAACUUUUUCUCUUCCUGUCGUGUAAUCGUUCCGAGUCCGUAUUUGGCCAAGCUUGAAGAUAUUAAUACACGCAUGAAGCUUUUACAUAUUGCUGUAGAAGAACGGUUCAAAGUUCUGCAGCAAUGUAAUCAAACGCAUGUUGGUGGGGAAGAUGGUAUGCUUGGAAGUCAUCAUGAGGAGGGUGGAAAAUUCACCAAACCUCUUCACAUUGCUGCUGGAGGUACCACUGUUCCAAAUCUAGAAAAAAGCGUCCAAAUACCAUGGGAACGUGCAGUGACACCUGCCAAUGUGCCUUAUUAUAUCAAUCACGAACGUGAAAGCACACAUUGGGAUCAUCCAGAAAUGAUAGAGCUAAUGAAAUCUUUAGCUGAUCUGAAUGAAGUCCGAUUUUCCGCUUACCGCACUGCGUUGAAGCUCCGCACUGUCCAGAAAAGACUCGCUUUCGAUCGUUUGAACAUGAGUGUUGCCAUCGAAAUUUUUGAUCGAUAUGGUUUGCGGGCACAGAAUGAUAAACUGAUUGAUAUACCCGACAUGACAACAAUUUUAAAUUCGUUGUACACAACGCUGGAACCCAACGAUCGUGCAGUGAUGUUAGAUUUGGCUAUCAAUUGGAUACUCAAUGUGUAUGAUUCUCAGCGAACGGGACAGAUACGGGUACUCAGCUUCAAGGUUGGAUUAAUUUUAUUGUGUCGCGGGCAUCUGGAGGAGAAAUAUCGUUAUCUCUUUCGGUUGAUUGCUGAUCUGGAGAAAAAGGUAGAUCAGCGGAAAAUGGGGCUACUAUUACACGAUUGCAUACAAGUGCCCCGUCAGCUGGGGGAAGUUGCCGCCUUUGGUGGUUCCAACAUUGAACCUUCAGUCCGAUCGUGCUUUGAACUUGCUGGUGGUGUUAGUCAAAAUGGCGAAUUGUUAGAAACGGCAAUUGAAGCGCAACACUUUCUCAGCUGGCUCCAACAUGAACCGCAAAGCAUUGUAUGGCUUCCUGUGUUACAUAGGCUUGUGGCGGCUGAAACUGCGAAGCAUCAAGCUAAAUGUAACAUAUGCAAAGAGUACCCGAUUGAAGGUUUUCGUUAUCGUUGCCUGAAAUGUUUCAAUUUCGACAUGUGCCAAAAAUGUUUCUUUACUGGGCGCAGUACAAAGAAUCACAAACUAAGUCAUCCGAUGCACGAAUACUGCACAACGGCGACAUCGACGGAAGAUGUAAGAGAUUUCACCAGAGCACUGAGGAACAAGUUUAAAAGCCGCAAGUAUUUUAAGAAACAUCCUCGCGUUGGUUACCUUCCCGUACAAAGUGUGUUAGAAGGUGACGCACUGGAAAGUCCCAUCCCUAGUCCACAACACGGAACUCACACACUGCAGAACGAUAUGCACUCUCGGUUGGAAAUGUACGCAUCCCGUUUGGCACAGGUGGAAUGUGGAACUCGAUCCAACUCCACACCCGACAGUGACGACGAGCAUCAGCUGAUUGCACAGUACUGUCAAGCGUUACCAGCAGCGAACGCUACCGGAAACACAACGGGCAGCGGCGGUCCCAAGUCCCCGGUGCAGGUGAUGGCUGCAAUGGAAGCCGAGCAGCGAGAAGAGCUGGAAACUAUGAUAAAAGAGUUAGAGGAAGAGAAUGCAAAUUUACAGGCCGAAUAUGAAAAGCUUAAGGCAAAGAAAACGAGCACACCCAUCACUACACCAGAUGAAGGAUAUAAAACUCCGACAUCUGCAUCGAAUGCUAUACUUUCAUCUGUCACACCGACUUCUACCGGUGGUUCGGAUAUGGUCACAGAAGCAAAACUGUUGAGACAACAUAAAGGACGAUUGGAAGCUCGAAUGCAGAUAUUAGAAGACCACAACAAGCAGUUGGAAGCUCAAUUGCAACGCUUACGGCAGCUGUUGCAUGAGCCAACACCUCCCAAACCUCAAACGCUACAAACUAGGUCCGUAACAGCAUCCCAACUAAAUACCGAUUCGCCGGCAAAAAUGCAACAUAAUGGACAUUAUGAUCAGAAAAUUCCAUCUGAAUUGAAUCAAAAACCUACAUCUCUGUAUGGUCCCGUCGGAGGAGGCAGCAUGAAUGGGUACCUUUCAAUGGCGGGAGAUGAAAUGCGACAACGGGAACAGUACAGUGUGGAUGCUUAUGACAAAACAGGGGCCGGAGUUGCCGCUGUGACUAAUGCCUUUUCAUCAAAUAAAGCAGUAGGUUCAGCUGGAGGCGUUGGUAUGGGUAGUGGAGGCAAUGGAAGCAUGAUGCCAUCGGAAUACGGGAUGGAUGAGCGACCGCCUCCACCACCGCAUUCAAGUUUGUUACACAUGGCCGACGACCUCAAUAAAGCCGUAGAGGAAUUGGUCCACAUCAUGACAACGGAGUCGAAGGAUGAAUUGCAACACGAGAGCACAACGGCAACACUGCAAUAAACAAUAAGGUAGAUUGGAAGCGACAAUCGCUAAAAAAUAGAUUGUUAAACCAGCAACUAUUACCCAAUUCGUAAUUCGAUCGAUGUCCUCCAAGAAAAAAAAACAUAUAUAGUCAUGCAUAUCUUUUUCGUAUCAUACAGACUACAGACUAUUGGAAGAAUUGUAUAGUUUACUUCUAGUAAUUGACAUGUGUACUUUGAGCACAGAUGGUUCGCAAGGACCAAUUUUACACUUGUAGCGAUAGUGUUCGUGUUUCACAAAUAUUUAUAUUAUUAUUAUUGAUGCAAUUAUGAUAUCUAUCAUUACUAUGAAAAUUAUCUAUAGUACGACCGUAUAUACAUAUACAAUAAUAUACCUAACAAAUAUGAUGCAUACAAAUCAAUAAUUUAAACAAGGCUACAUUACAUACCUUCUGCUAAAUAAUCAUUCAUAUCAUAUGUGGAACAAUGUUUACUCACAAAACAUAACAAUCAAAACAAGCUAUAACUAACCCAAAAAAUGGUAAUUUUUCUUCUAAUUGUACUGGGCGCAUUCUGGUAUGUUAUACAUUAUUUUUACAGCACGAACAGAAUGUAAGGAAAGUACAUUUCGACAUUGAUUCAAUUCACAAUCAUUUGAAGAAGCUACUGGAAAAGGGAAGAUAGUUUAUGUUGCGAAGCAUUAUCAAAUCUGAAAUAUUAACAUUUUGAAUUCCAUUCAUAAUGACAAAGUUAAAAGUUAUGAAAUAUCAUAUAAUUCUGAUAAAUCAUAGUAGCAAUCUAGCCACAUUUUUAACUUUUUAUAUUAUACAACAAAUCAUAACGGGUGUGAUUAUUGUCAACAUUUUUUUCCAAUGUUUUUUUGCGAAUCUUGAUUUCUUAGGUCUAAUUUGAUCCUUGUUGGUCCUAAAAUAAUGCCAGCUACAAAAUAACUGUACUUGUAUUUGUUUCAAUCAAAAUUAAUGCAAUUAAUUGUUCUUGCAAAAUAUUUUUGUAUUCUUACUAAAGUCAACAUAAGAAUUGAUCUUAUGAGUAUUAAUAUCAAAGGACAAAGGAAUGCGAAAAAAAUGUAUCCAUGCAGAAGAGGAUUUGGCGUAACACAUAUUGAAGAAUAAACAUCGAACGGUCGUAGAAAAUUUGUAUUGCUGUAGAUGAUUUAUGUUAUGUGGCAUUACAACGGUAUGUUGUCCCGGUAUCGCCCCAACAUUAAAAAAUAUCAUGGUCUACACUGACAAGCAUAAUUAUAUCAUCCGGAAAAAAUACAGUAUAAAGUAGAGAGUCAUAUGCCUGUUUUCAACGAAUUUUGUACUAGGUCGUUUAGUUAUCGACAUAAUAUACAUAUCAAAGACACAAUAAAAGCAGGAAUACAGCGUAAUCGUACGACCAUAGGCACAAAUGGACUAAAAUAAAUCCAUUGCUCGUACUCGCAUUAAUUUCAUUGAACAUGUUGCAUAAUGUUUUAUCAACUUACAAAAAUGAAAACAACCAAACGAAACAAGAAAUAAUAUGUUUCUGUUAUCAUACACUGAUCCAUUAACAUUAUUGCCCAACAUGACUACUAGGAAAGGACACAUUGGAUAUCAUAUCGCAUCCCGUUUGUUAGCAACCGUGAGCACAAAUUCUACUGGUUAUACCACAUCAAUUUCAUCUCGGAACUAGUGCAAUAUAGUAGACAAAUUAAAAACACCUUCCGUGUAGAUGCAGCGUUAUUAAAGCAUACAACUCGCGUAUUAAUUACACUCUUCUUAUGACUUGUAGAGAAAAGCAUAACUUUCUCCAUUACCGUUACAAGUGAAGUAUGCUGCAUUGCGUUUUCUGUAGAAUGUUCGAUCGAGCAGUGAGCAGCAGUUUCCAGCAAAUGGACAGGGAUAUAUAUCAGCAGCACAAACUCGUUUCCUAGCCGAAUAUUUGAAGCGUGCCGUGGAAGCUCUAUAGUAUUAGUAUACGGAAAGGAGCUAUGCAACAGCAAAUAGAUAAAAAAAAUCAUAAAUCAUUCUGUACUCAUAACUGCUUCGACAACAACAACGUUCUUAUUAAAUCUAUCAUUCUACUACAAACACAACGUAAUCAGCAAAAUAGAUAAAAUACUAUCGAACCACGGCUUGUAUACACUAACCAUCCUUUAAGCAAUUAAGGAAAAACAAGAGUUUCCGAGUGAGGAAUGCGCUAUCAUUCGUAGUACCAUCAAGUUGUUUAAUAACUCGAUUAGGUGAACCUUGAGUAUGGAGUUAAAGAAAAGCAAAAGGAACGAAACUAGAGCAUAAUUAAGACGCUUUUUAAUAUAUAGCAAACGGCAGUAGCGGUGCGGUGCGCGGUGUACAACUAAUUAUUCAGGCAUGAUAGUUGUUGGACAAAAUGAAUACAGGAAAGAUUAAAUAAACAGGCAAUGAUGGAACGAAAUGGUUUAUC